CAGCAAAGGAUGCAAGGCUGGGUUACUGGCCUGUCGACCGGCUGCCAGAGCGCAAGGCUGACUCACAAACUUGCAGCCGCGCAGCAUAAAAGUCUCGUGUCAACCCCAGAUUUCGAGUAUAAUCACAUCCUCAUAGCAUCAUACAAUUUUCGGAAGACUCAAUGGAUUCAAGAUCAUGGACGGAUAUGGUGAUACAAUCACCCGAAGCAGCGCACGUACAAGCACGCUCUGCGGUGUCAACAAUCCCGGCGAUAGUAGCUGCAUCCCGGUUCCCUCCAGCCACGGAGUCUAGGUCUAGAUCUAGAAAUGCUUCGAAAGGUAUCAAGAAAAGACACCGGGAACGGUCAGAAUUACCUGCAUAUACUCAGCCAUGCCCGCAAAAAGACGUCAGUUUCGACAGGAAUGAAUGGAGCGACGGUCUAGGUCCUCAAAAAUGCGCGUGGAUCAACUACCUAGUCUCUAGAGCAGAUGAAGUAAAGCAAGAAAAUGCUUUCAAUUUUAUCUUCCUGCUAUGGGCAGCAGACGAGAAUGGGGUCGCUAUCGCCACAGAUAUCCCUAUCCCGAAAACUAUCAUAGAGAACGACGUAGAGCUAAUCCGACACUUGAAAAUGAGACUUAGAUCUGCUAGAGGGAUGAUGAGAUCAAUCUUGUACGGGGCUGAGCCAGUGGGCAGUAAGAUGCGUCUCCUUGGCCAACCUCGACCGGACAGUACGUAUCCGGUGUUGCUACGCAACAAAGUCACGAUGGAUCUUGAUCAUCAUAUAGAAAGUCAGAAGAAUGAAUAUACGAACCUUCUCUUGGAUCGCGAGUUUCUCUUGGAGUUCGAAUUUGAUGUUGAUGAGUAUGAGACUUGUUGUGCUACGCUCAGACAGGUAGAGGAAGAGCUUAGCCAGAUCGAGAUCUUUCCUAAGCUGCUUAGAUCUGCGUGGCACAAUCCAGUCUUAGCAGAAGGGCAGGGCAUAUUCCGUGCACACAGCAAAUGUUCUCCAGUGCUUAGAUUUGGGCCUCUGAACUACCUCACCUGUGCAAAGUCGCUCUCUUCGCCGGCGACAGACUUUGCCAGCGUAGUUUCGUUCACACAAGACAUGAAUGGAAUCUAUUUCGAAGAAACUCUUCAAUUCCUACCAUUCAUUGCACUGACUAGCUCGGCUUCUCUCGCAGCAUUCCUGUUUGCGAGAUGGAUAUUCAGUUCCUGGGAAGUUGGCGUAGGAUGUGCCAGUCUGCUCGUAGGAGUAGUUACACUAAGCGUGAUGAGACAUGGUUGAUCGGACAAAAAAUCCACGAAUCACACCAUCUCGGGAAUCGGCAAGCUCCUAGACCGGCCCUGUACAUCCGGUCCGACAAAAGCAGCGCAUCAAUGUAAUCAAACGCGGGGAAGAGUGCUCAUGUGCUAUGGUACGCGUACUCUUACGAAGAUAGGUUUGGGAA